GGAGGCUUAUGCCAACUGCACCGUCCUAGAGGCCCGUCCGUGCUAUGACGUUGCCCGGCUGAUGUUCCUUGAUGCAGAGAGGAAGAAAGCUGAGCGUGGGCGAAUCUACUUCACCAACCUGCAGAGCAAGGAGAACACUCCAUCCAUGAUUAACCCCAAGCCCUGUGGCCACCUGUGCUGCUGCAUCAUCAGGGGCUGCGAGGAGGUGGAGGCCAUUGAGUACUAUACCAAGCUGGAGGAGAAGCUCAAAGAUGACUAUAAGCGGGAGAAGGAGAAGGUGAAUGAAAAGCCUCUGGGGAUGGCCUUUGUCACCUUCCACAAUGAGACCAUCACAGCCAUAAUCCUCAAAGAUUUCAACGCUUGUAAGUGCCAGGGCUGUGCGUGCCGUGGGGAGCCCAGGGCCUCCUCCUGCAGCGAGUCCCUCCAUGUCUCCAACUGGACCGUCAGCUAUGCCCCUGACCCACAGAACAUCUACUGGGAACACCUCUCCAUCCGGGGCUUCAUCUGGUGGAUCCGCUGCCUCGUGAUCAAUGUGGUCCUCUUCAUCCUCCUCUUCUUCCUCACCACCCCUGCUAUCAUCAUCACCACGAUGGACAAGUUCAACGUCACCAAGCCUGUGGAGUACCUUAAUAACCCCAUCAUCACCCAGUUCUUCCCCACCCUGCUGCUGUGGUGCUUCUCUGCUCUGCUGCCCACCAUAGUGUAUUACUCUGCCUUCUUUGAAGCACACUGGACCAGGUCUGGAGAAAACAGGACAACCAUGCACAAGUGCUACACCUUCCUCAUCUUCAUGGUCUUGCUGCUGCCAUCGCUGGGCCUGAGCAGCUUGGAUGUGUUUUUCCGCUGGCUGUUUGACAAAAAAUUCCUCGCCGAAGCCGCUGUGCGAUUUGAGUGUGUGUUCCUGCCGGACAACGGGGCCUUCUUCGUCAACUACGUCAUCGCCUCUGCCUUCAUCGGGAACGCCAUGGACCUGCUGCGCAUCCCCGGCUUGCUCAUGUACAUGAUACGCCUCUGCCUGGCCCGCUCAGCCGCUGAGCGGAGGAAUGUCAAACGACACCAGGCCUAUGAGUUCCAGUUUGGGGCUGCUUACGCCUGGAUGAUGUGCGUCUUCACUGUGGUCAUGACAUACAGCAUCACCUGCCCCAUCAUUGUCCCCUUUGGGCUCAUGUACAUGCUGCUUAAGCACCUGGUGGACCGAUACAACCUGUAUUAUGCUUACCUGCCUGCCAAGCUGGACAAGAAGAUCCACUCAGGGGCUGUGAACCAAGUGGUGGCAGCCCCCAUCCUCUGCCUCUUCUGGCUUCUCUUCUUCUCCACCAUGCGUACAGGGUUCCUGGCCCCCACCUCCAUGUUCACUUUUGUGGUCCUCGUGAUCACCAUUGUGAUCUGCCUGUGUCAUGUCUGCUUCGGGCACUUCAAAUACCUCAGCGCUCACAACUACAAGAUUGACCACACAGAGGUGGACGCCAUAGAAAACAGGCAGAAUGGGAGACCUGCCACCAGUCUGCCGGCUCCCAAAUCAGCUAAGUACAUCGCCCAAGUGCUGCAGGACUCCUCGCCAGAGGGUGAAGCAACGGAGUCAGAGGAGCAGGGGUCGCAGGACGAGGAGCUCAUCAACGCAGACGGCAUGAAUGACACGGAUUUCCAGUCAUGUGAGGACAGCCUGAUAGAGAAUGAGAUCCACCAGUAG